GGACGCUGACCCCACACCCCCAGAGAUUCUGCAGUGUUUCUUAUAUUCAAUAUUUCCCUUGUAUACAGAGGCAUGAAUGGAUUUGGAACACAAAACAAAGACAAGAUGGGCUGUGUUCUGCUGUUACUACUAUUUUCCAUUCCUUCUUUUCACCUCAUUAAUGGAAUAGAUGUAGAAGAAGAUCUUAGCUGGUCAUUAAAAAAAUUACCCCGGAUUGUGAAGGAAAAGACUUUCUCCCUGGACACUCCUAAAUUUGAAGCAGAUGCCAAGUUGGAACUGAGUGGAGUCUGUGGGAUCGAAUGCCAAAGAGCACUCCCAGUGGCACACUUGUCUGACCUGAAUGAACUGCUCUCCUAUGAGACAGUCUUUGAGAAUGGCACAAGGACCCUGACGGAGGUGAAUGUCCUGGGAGUGGAGAUUGACUCAGCAGCAAAUGCCACCACCAAAGCAUUGUUGAGAAGGAAGAGGCAGGUCUAUGGCACGGACAGCAGGUUCAGCAUUUCUGAUACACGGUUUCUGACCAACUACCCUUUCAACACUGCCGUCAAGAUCUCCACAGGCUGCAGUGGCAUCCUGAUUUCUCCAAAGCAUGUACUCACAGCUGCUCACUGUGUGCACGAUGGCAAAGAUUACAUCAAAGGUAGUAAGAAGCUGAGGGUGGGGUUGCUGAGGCUGAAAUCCAAAGGUAGUGGCAAGAGACGCAGAGGUGCUGCUAGGAGGAGCAAGAGGGAGACGUCGGAAAUUGAGGUUCGCCAUGCCGAUGCCACACAGCAUCCACGGGGAUCUGGCAGCAGUAGAGCUGGUAGAAAACAAAAGACGUCAGGGCUGAAUGAGAAGAAAUCUGAGCGUAAACCUUCCUUCCAGUGGACCAGAGUUAAAAGUACUCAGAUCCCCAAAGGCUGGUUGAGAGGUGUAACUGGAGAUGUUGCAGUAGAUUAUGAUUAUGCAGUUCUGGAGCUCAAGCGUCCCCACAAAAAGAAAUACAUGGAUCUGGGCAUUAGCCCAGCUAGUAAAAUGAUGCCAGGAAGCAUGAUCCACUUUUCUGGAUAUGAUACUGACCGAUCUGGCCAGUUGGUCUACCGGUUCUGCAGCAUAGCUGAGGAAUCGAAUGAUCUCUUCUACCAGUAUUGUGAUGCUGAAUCUGGCUCUACGGGAUCAGGAAUCUACCUGCGCCUUAAAGAGCCCAGUGAGAAGAAAUGGAAGCGCAAAAUUAUUGCCGUUUAUUCAGGUCACCAGUGGGUGGAUGUCAAUGGAGAACAGCAGGAUUACAAUGUCGCAGUUAGAAUUACUCCGCUGAAAUAUGCCCAGAUAUGUCUCUGGAUUCAUGGGAACGACGAGAACUGCGCCCAGGGCUGACAACAGCUGACACAAGGUCCUCUAUUUAUCAAAUGGUGCUAUACAGAGAAGACCUGCAAUAAUAAACACUGAACAUUGACUUGGGUCUGACAUUGUCUGAAUUUGAAACCAGCAAAUACCUUGUAAUAAACUGAGAAACUGAAAGCAUUUGUACAGCAUUUACUAGGAUUUUUCAGCUGAGUGCUUUAAACUGACCAUAGACAUGAGGUGCACUUAAAAUCUCCAAUUGUAUUACUGUAUUUAUUGUUUUUACAUUGUGGUAAAUCUGAGUCAUUCCUACUAUACAGCCAAAAACAUAGCUUGCAUUUUUUUAAAAAAAAUUUGGAGAAGCAUUUUCUCUUGUAACCGAUACUCUUAAGAGAUGUGAUUAUUUUGUUUGCAAUUUAUUUACUUGUCUCAGGGGUUCUGCACCAGUAAGCAUUUUCUAUUAUUGCAGAUGACUGUAUAGUCUCUGCAGGACUAUCCAAAUUGUUAAACACUGGGAUAAGGCAAGGAAGAAAAUUCUCCCAUAAUACUUCCUGUAGAGUCUAUACCACGUAGAUAAUAUUCCUUCACUAAGUUAGUGUAGCACAGCUCAUAGAGCCAAACACACCAAUUCCAUUUCCUUGGAUACUAAAAUGGCAAAGUGCAGGGUAAUGAAUGUAGCACAAAAGCAGGAAUACCAUGACUAUAAUUCAAUGCCUGUAAAUCUAAUUUUGGAAGAUAUGCAAAGCUGGAAAGUAGGAAAUGUACAUUUGUUCCAACUAAGUACAAUUAACCUCCUGUUUGUUUUCUUUUACUUUGCAAAUAAUGCUCUCCCCCCCCCCCCCAGAGGCAACAGUGGUAACUAUUAAUUCACUGUUACAAGCUAAUACAGAACUGAACAACCCAAAGAUUUGUAGACCUGUCUUAAUGGUUCUGCCUUCAGGGGCAAAGGAUCAUAGCAGACCAGGAGGCCAUUUGUUAGUGUUACCAUGUGUCCUCCUUUUCCCAGACAUGUCAUCUUUUUCAGAACUAAAUCAUUUUCCCAAGUGGAUUUUUUAAAUAUCCUGGGCUUUUUCAAAUGCAUGCUGCUGCCUUGCCUCCUGCCCGCUGAUGCUGAGAGAAAGAAAGAAAGAAAGAAAGAAAGAAAGAAAGAAACUUGGGGUGUGGUGGGGUGAAAGGAGAUAGGCCCAGAAAGGGAAAGUGAGCUAGCAGAGCAAGGUGGCUAAAGGAGAUGAUGGUGUUGAUGGAAAAUGGCAGUUUGGUAGAGUGAGUGAGGGGGCUGUAGGAAGAGGAGCAGGAGUGAAGAUUGUUAUUUUGAAUAGAAUGAAGGUUAAUAAUAUAUCUAGUAGCAAUUAUCACAGCUUGUAUAGUAAGGGUAUUUAAAGUGAGAGUUGUCAUAAAGAUCAAUGGUCUGAAAUAGUCAGUUGGUAAGUUUGUCCUCCUUUUUGCUUCCCAAAAUAUGGUACCCUACCCUAUGUACACUCUUGAUGGCGAGGACAGUUUAACAGAGAGAAGGGCAGCUCUGUUCUCUGAGAUGGAAAUGCAUAGAGCUGGCCCAUCAUAUCAAAGCAAAUGGGGUAACAGAACAAAUCAUUGGGAUAAGAUGACUGUGGUGCUAUGAUUUAACAGUCAAAAACAAUUAUGUUUUAGAUAGAGGUACAGUAGAGAAGACUUUCAACAUAUUGUUGGCUGGCUACUCUGACUCCUUGCUGUUGGCUAUACUAGAAAGGGCUGAUGGGA